UCCUUCUUCAUUAAACAUUUAAAUUUUUUCAAAAUUAUCCGCCUAAUAAUAUAUAUAAUAUCUCAAUUACAAGUGCGAACUAGAUUACAUGUUUGGUAGGAGAGGAAGUUGAAGUUGAACAUCUUCAUUGUUUGAAACUCUCAUUGCACUUUACCAGUGCACGGAAUCUGCGUUAGGCAGCGAGGAAGUUGGGCUGAAUAUCCGCAGUACUUUACCGAAUUGCAACUGAAUAUAGGGAAGAAUUUCUCGGCAGCAAAAGUGCAGCAGUGAGCGGCAUGGAAGCUGAGAAGGUUUUGAUGGAUUACUACAUUCCGGAUUACAUACUUUUGCCCGGAAUAGAAGCAACGUUGAAUCAUGACUUACCUGCUUGUCCUGUCAUAGUGUUUAUCAAUUCUAGAAGUGGUGGCCAGCUUGGGGGCGAACUUCUGUUGGCAUAUCGUACUCUUCUCAACCAAAAUCAGGUUUAUGACUUGCGAGAAAGGGCUCCUGACAAGGUGCUACACCAGCUUUACUCCAACUUGGAAAAGCAUAAGCAAAAUGGAGAUAGCUUCUCUUUGGAAAUUGAGAAAAGACUGAGAAUCAUUGUUGCAGGCGGGGAUGGAACAGCUGGCUGGCUUCUUGGAGUGGUUUCAGAUCUUAAACUAGCCUGCCCACCACCAAUUGCUACAGUACCUUUGGGAACAGGAAAUAAUCUCCCAUUUUCAUUUGGUUGGGGGAAAAAAAAUCCUGGUACAGACUGCAGUUCUGUGAAAGCCUUCUUGGAUCAAGUAAGGAAUGCAAAAGAGAUGAAAGUUGACAGCUGGCAUAUUCUUAUGCGAAUGAAGGCUCCUACAGAAGGUUCUUGUGAUCCUAUUGCGCCUCUUGAGCUGCCACAUUCAAUGCAUGCGUUUAAGCGGGUGUCUCAAACAGAUGCCUUAAAUGAGGAUGGUUACCACACAUUUCGAGGAGGAUUCUGGAACUACUUCAGUAUGGGGAUGGAUGCACAAGUUUCUUAUGCAUUUCACAGAGAGAGAAAGCUACAUCCAGAAAAAUUCAAAAACCAAUUAGUUAAUCAGACUACCUAUGCAAAGCUUGGCUGCACUCAAGGAUGGUUUUGGGCUUCUCUUACACAUCCAUCUUCAAAAAACAUUGCACAGCUGGCUAAGGUUAAAAUUAUGAAAGCAACAGGUGAAUGGAUUGAACUCGAAAUACCUAAAAGCAUCAGGUCUAUUGUCUGCCUCAACCUCCCCAGCUUUUCUGGUGGACUCAAUCCUUGGGGAACUCCCAAUAAGAAAAAGCUCCAUGAGAGGGACUUGACUCCUCCCUAUGUUGAUGAUGGUCUCAUUGAGGUUGUUGGCUUUCGGGAUGCUUGGCAUGGCCUUGUUUUGCUCGCUCCAAAAGGGCAUGGGAGACGUCUUGCCCAAGCACAUAGAGUUCGGUUUGAGUUCCACAAAGGUGCUGCUGACCAUACGUUCAUGAGGAUUGACGGCGAACCAUGGAAACAGCCCCUUCCUCUAGACUCAGACACCGUUGUUGUGGAAAUUUCUCAUUUUGGGCAUGCCAACAUGCUUGCUGCUCCUAACUGCCGAUCUAGUAGUGUUCAUGCUCCACACCACACUCUAGAUGAUGGUGAUGAUGAUGAUGAUGAUGAUGAUGAUGAUUAUGACAGUGAUGAAGAUGAUUUUGAGUCGUCUGAAGAGCGGAGGAAGUUCGGUGCGGCCAACACUUUUCACUAUUCGGAUAGCGUUGAUGGUGCACAAAGCUAAGCUGUCUGGGAUUGCUACUAUACAAUCCCACUGGUUUCUCAUUCUUUUUUACUCUGUUGGAUUGAUUCCUUUAUUCCUUUCUGCCGCGUAUCGGAGAAGCAAGAUACAAGUCAACUGUAACUUUAAUUUGCCACGAUAUGCGGUUAGGCUUCUUAGGUAGUUAGUACUUAGUAGUAACCCAUGUUUAGUCUGGUCCCUGAACGAACUCAUUUGCUCUCGAAACCUUAGCUUAUGUGUAUAUUGCCCUCUCAGUUUAUCACAAUGUGUAUUAUUAUUUUUUUAAAAGCUUGUAUGAAUUGCGGCAAAAAAAAUAUAUCCUACUCUAAUUCCAUUAUUUAUUUACUUGGGA